GUAGUAGUAGUAGUAGUAGUUAUAGACCUAAUUCCUGCAUUAACGGGUCAAUCCACCCCUGGGGAAACGAUGAGAAAAGUAUUUGCUCUUCCAACUCGACGAGGUGAACUUGGAAUCAUUGAUCCUUUGUCCCUACACAGAGAGUUUGCUUACUCCUUGAAAGUUACAGAGCCUCUUACCAAGCUCAUUCUUCAGCAGCAAAAUCAAAUGACUGAGGAGGUUUCACAACAACAAAGCGUAUUGAAAGCCUCAGUCAAACGUCAGAAAAACCUUGUCAUCAAUGUCACUGAUGAGGAAAUUUCUGCCAACCUCAAUACAAAUCUCAAACGUGCUGUUGAUUUAGCCAAAGAGGAAGGUGGUUCUGUGUGGCUGACAGCUCUACCUAUAGAAGAGCAUAGUUUUCUUCUGACAAAAUCUGAGUUUCACGACGCACUAUGUCUACGCUAUGGCUGGUGAUCAGCAUUUCUACCUGAUUUCUGCCCUUGUGGAGACCAUUUCUCAGUUGAUCACUCACUCUCAUGUCCUACUGGUGGAUUUCCAACACUGAGGCACAAUGAGACCCAAGACAUUGUGGUUAACCUAUUGGAUGAUGUCUGUCAUGAUGUCCAGAAAGAACCAAUUUUACAAAAACUGACUGGAAAGAUACUGCUUCAGAAGAGUAACAGCACUGAUGAUGAAGCCAGGCUGGACAUCUCCGCAUGCGGUUUCUGGGGUGGUAGAUUUCAGAAAACAUACUUUGAUGUCAGAAUCUUUAAUCCUCUUGCUCAGUCAUAUAGGUCAUCAGCAAUAUCAUCUCUGUACAGGAAACAAGAGCAAGAAAAGAAACGUAAAUACGAGGCUCAAAUCAGAAGAGUCUAACAACCUUCUUUCACACCACUGAUAUUCUCUUGCACAGGAGGAGCAAGCAACUUAACAUCAACAUUUCUGAAACGACUAUCAUCUCUCGUCUCAGAAAAGCAGGAAAUGGCCUACAGUACAACACUGUACUGGGUCAGAUGUCGACUAAGCUUCGCAUUACUUCGAUCUGCAGUUAUGUGUAUCAGGGGGUGCAGAUCCGAAACAAAGCACCUAAUCACUAACAACAGUAUACUCUUGGCUUCUGCUGAGAGUGGUUUGUCUUACUGUUAAUUGAAUAUAUCAUGUCUCUGGGCAUGCAGAAUGUCGCUACCUAGUUGUUGUGUUUGCUUUACAGUCGUAGUAGUAAACUUUGUGGACACAUUAGUGUAUGUAUAUUUUAUUCAUUGUAUAUGUACGUAGUACUUUUAUUCAAAUACACUAUG